AUGACUACUGAAAAAUACAAAGUUGGUGACAAGGUGCAAUACCGACCUCUGCGAGGCACUGAUACAUUCUCGGAAGGCAUCAUCACAGAAGUGAUCACGAAACCUCAGGAAAAUAGCUCUGGUAAAGUCAUGGGCGGCGCUUCCCGCGAGCAUCCUUCUUAUGUCAUCGAAAACUGCCAUACAAAAAAGGCUACCGCUUACGAAAGCGAAGUCAUUGAAGGUCGAAUCGACUGA